CUUAUGCAAAAUUGCUGCCAUCUGUCGGCGGCUUCACGAAACUACCGACGCGGCGCCAUGUUAAAGGCAUGUUUCUAUGUCGUGCCGCUGUCGAUAUCGUAACCGUGUGACUACGUGCUUCGAUCGCUAUCAAUCGCCGCAUGAAAAAAUGCCGGACGAGUGGUCUAAGGAUCUGUCCGCAUUACCGGCCCUACCAAGCGACUUCGUCGACAGGUAUUACGCUUCAAAAACUGCAUCGCAACGACAACGACAACGAAGCUACAAGUUCGUCACGGAGUCCUACGUGAGCCUGCCGUCGCUGCGGACGAAGCAGUGCGCAAGUCCCUCAGGGCCUGCCAUUGCAGUGAGAUGCCUGUGCUACCGGAGUCGAAAGAAGACCGCAGACCCGUACAUUGUACAUCUUACAUUCACCGCCAACAACCGCGUGUCACAGGCUCGAUGUACCUGCCCAUCUGGGACAUCAGGUCAUUGCAACCAUUUGGUUGCAGUCCUCAGCCAGGUGGUGCAGCUUCAGAAACUUGGCUACAAGGAACCACCGGAGGAGCUGUCACCAACUGAACUGCCUCAACAGUGGCGACGGCCACGGAAAUAUAUGGCACCGGAGGGUGUAAUGGAUGUGAACUGGCGCCAAGUGGCAGAGGGCCGACCAUCAACGCCGAGACAGUGCGUACUGCAAGAGUUGACGUUUAACCGGCCCACAUGGGAGGAGCAUUUAAAGGCUACAAAGAAACUUGGGGAAAGCCUAAAGGAAACGCAUGGUUGCUGGGCAGAGAUUCUUGCUGAUGCUGAUUCCUAUGCUACCGCAGAAACUCCAAUGGGAAAAACAUUUGUAGGAUCAGCAAAAUAUAUACAAAUGCCAAUGACACCAGCUGGCUUUGAGUGCCUCAUGCCCUGGAGCUCGUCAAGCCAAACACUCCCUUUGCCAGUUCCUGCGCCAGCUUACAAGUUUUUCCCGGCAGAAAGUAGCUGGUGUCCCCCUCAAGAAAUGGCAAACAAUCAGGUGUUACAAGGACUCAGGAUUUCAAGUGAAGAUGCUGCAGCACUGGAGCAAAACACCAGACAGCAGAGCCAGAGCACCACUUGGAGGAAUUCCCGAGCCAACAGGCUAACGGCUUCCAAAUUUGGCACCGUGCUGUCUAGGAAAGCCCCGUGGACUGAGCGGGGCAUAGCGAAUGUCAUGAGGCCAAAGGAAUUUUCGAAUGGCAUUGUAAGGUACGGAACUCUGAAUGAGCCACGAGCAGUGCAGCGGUAUGUACAGUCCAUGGACCAUAUCGGCCGCAAGGUGAUCGUUCACACCUGUGGGCUCAUGGUGCGCCCCGCUUCCCCAUGGCUGGGUGCCACACCAGACCGCGUCGUGUACGAUGUUCACGAAGAUCCACCUUUUGGUUUGAUUGAGGUGAAGUGCCCUUGGAGCAAGAGGUCAUCUAGUCUCCAAGAAGCACUCGCCUCACCUGAUUUUUUUGUUGAAGUGGUAAAUGGCAUUCCGCACCUGAAAGAAUCAAGCGACUACUAUGCACAAGUGAUGGGACAGAUGUUCUGUGCAGGACUUCUCUGGACGCACUUUAUAGUAUAUGCAGACGCAUGGAUGAUUGUGUGCAGAGUUGAGUUUUGUUGUGACACCUGGGCAGCAAUCAGAUCAAAAUUGGACAACUUCUAUUUCGAACAAGCUCUGCCCUAUUUAAGCUCUCUUGAGCAGACUUGAACUGGAAAUAAUUGUGCCGAAGUGCAUGCCAGGAUGCGAGUGCAAUAAACGAAACCAGUUUUG